AUGAAAAUGUCAGAUUUCGAGCGAAUAAGGCUAGUGAUUUUGGGUGGAGCCGGUGUCGGUAAGAGUUGUAUCAUUAAGCGCUUCUUAUUUAAGACGUACUCCGACAAGUACAGACCAACGGUGGAGGACCUGUACAACCGGGAGUACGACCUCGGCUCGGUGACGCUCAAGGUUGACAUCCUUGAUACGUCCGGUGAGAUGCAGUUUCCGGCCAUGAGGAGACUAUCGAUUGCAACGGCUCACGCGUUCCUGCUGGUGUACGCGACCACGUCCGAGGCCAGCCUGGGCUGCGUCAAGCAGUGCUUCGAGGAGAUACGCGAACAGCGGGCCGACUUCCAGGACAUUCCCAUGGUGAUUGUUGGCAACAAGUACGACCUCACCGGCACCCACCGUGAGGUGCGCAUCGAAGACGUUUCCGAGUGGGUGUUCUGCGAGCUACCGAAGCUUAAGGUGAAGGUGUUGGAGUGUUCGGCAAAAGAUGAUUACAAUAUCAUGGAAAUAUUUCGAACGUUUGUAACACUGUCCCGCAUACUGCCGGUGAACGGCGGUGCGGAAUCCGGGUCCGGAUUGAAGCGACGUUCGUCCGCGUACGUCAGUGCUAGCAGUAAAGCAAAGUCGAGAAUCGGAAGUCCGUCCAUUGGUUGUGAAAAGGCAAAAGAUCCGUCAUAUCUGGCGGCAUCCACCUCGGAAGGCACCAGCAGUGGGGAUGUGAAAGCAAAACCCCGGUCCAGAUCACUAAUUCGUAGAUCGUCCCGGAAAACGAAACAACAAAUUCAAAAUGCUUCUGGCGUCGAGGACUGUAACAUUCAAUAA